UGUAAACAGGGACGCCCAACGUAAUCAGCACUGAUGGAGGCCCAAAGUGAAGUCCCAAAAAGCCCAUUAUGCAACUAAACACGUCAACACAUUAUCCACCACAAAGACAAUGAACAAGUGAUCUCCAUAUCAUAAUCCAAUCAUAAUGGGCACAUACAACUUCCUCUCUGUUCCUUCUCAACUUUGUUAGUCAUGAAAGUCCUAGACAUAUCCAUGAUCAUAGUUUCAACGGCUAUGAUGUUGUACACUUGUCAAUCAACUGCAAACCUCCACCCUCUGAUCUUAGUACCAGGAGCUGGUGGGAACCAGUUUGAAGCAAGAUUGACCAAAGAGUACAAGCCUACAAGCUUGGUGUGCAACAGAUGGUAUCCAUUAAAGAAAGAUUUUGAAGGUUGGUUUAGGAUAUGGUUUGAUCCAAGUGUACUUUUGGCACCCUUUACCAAGUGUUUUAAUCAGAGGAUGAAGCUUUACUAUGACACUGACUUAGAUGAUUAUUAUAAUGCCCCUGGUGUGCAGACUAGAGUUACACACUUUGGUUCUACUACGUCACUUCUUUAUCUUGAUCCUAAUCUCAAGAAAAUUACAGAAUAUAUGGCGCCCCUCGUGAACGCUUUGCAACAAUUAGGCUAUAGAGAUGGCACAAAUCUCUUUGGAGCACCGUAUGAUUUUCGUUAUGGUUUAGCUGCUGAAGGUCAUCCUAGUCAUGUUGGUACCAAAUUCCUCAUGGAUCUAAAAGAACUAAUAGAAACUGCAAGCAAUUCAAAUGCAGGAAGACCUGUAAUUCUUCUUUCACACAGCUUAGGAGGGUUAUUUAUCCUCCAACUACUCAACCGAAAUCCGGAAUCCUGGUGCCAAAAAUACAUCAAACAUUUCAUAGCAUUGUCCGCACCCUGGGGAGGCACAGUUGAGCAGAUGGUCACUUUUGCUUCAGGGAAUACACUUGGAGUGCCUUUAGUCAAUCCAUUGCUAGUAAGGGAAGAACAAAGGAGUUCUGAAAGUAACAUGUGGCUUUUGCCUUCUCCAAAAGUAUUUGGGACUACAAGACCACUUGUCAUUACUCCGAAUGCUGCAUACUCAGCUCAUGAUAUCCCGAAAUUCUUCAAGGAUAUCGGCUUCUCUCAGGGAGUUUUGCCUUACACAUCGCGUAUUCUGCCCCUGCUCGACAACUUAACUGCGCCUCAAGUGCCCGUCACAUGCAUAAUUGGCAGUGGGGUUAAGACUCCGGAGACGUUGUUCUAUGGAGAUGGCGAGUUCGAUAAGCGGCCUGAGAUUGUGUAUGGGGAUGGAGAUGGCACGGUGAAUAUGUUAAGCUUGUUGGCUAUUGAAUCAAAUUGGGCUAACAAUAGUCACCAACCCCUUAAAAUGACUAAGUUACAAGGGGUUUCUCAUACAGAUAUACUAAAAGAUGAUAUUGCACUUGAGAAAAUAGUUGAAGAGAUCUCUUGUAUUAAUUCUGAGAAUACUGGCAUUUCACUAGUUUCAAAAGCUUGAUCAUGAUAAGUAAUGUCUCUUAUUUGUUCUUCCCUUU